AUGCAUCCUCUGAGAGAAGACUAUGAUCUCUGGAACUAUCCAUACAAUGAGCUUGGCAUUCCCAAACACUACAGCAGUGACUCCGCCCUCGGCUCGCCAGACAUCAGCAGCGUCAGCGUGUCUGUGACCACCGAUGAUAUAGACGAGCUGCCUGAGUUAGACCGGGAAGGACCAAUAUCAGAAAUAAAUGAAGAAACAGAAAAUGGUAUCCCUGCUAUUCCUCCGGGAGGCAGCCCACCUCCACCACCCCCAGAUGUAGCCCAAAACGACCUGAUGACUCGACUAGGACUGUUGCUUGAGGAACUUUCCAGUAGUGAACAAAUGUCAACUGGUAGUAAGGAAGGAAAUAAAGAAGAAGCAUUUACUAGUAUCUCGUCCCUGACCAGCAGUGAAACCACUCCGGACAAGGGCAUCUCGGACACCAGUCCUAUGUCGACAUUAACUGUUUCCUCUGGCAGUGAACAAGGGCACCAUGGCUACUCCCGUUGCUUUCCCCAUCACCAUCAUCACCAUCACCACCACCAUCCAGUCUACUCAAAUUGUACCCCUGGUUGCCCAACCUCGGACAGUAUGACAUCCUUGAUGAGUUUUAGUACUGGCAAUGGAGCCAGUCCCCUCACCACCAUGCAGAGGCCACACUCUAUAAACACCACCGCCCCAGGACCCAUUGAAGAAUUGCAGUUGUUUGGCAAAAGAAAGUCUUCCCUGCGUCUUGCUUCCACUCGAGGCAGUGUUGGACUACUCCCUGAUGUUCGAUUUGCACCCAUACGACCACCACAAUUGAAAAUGUUCCCUAUCAAGUUUGAAGUUCCUCAUCCUGAAGGAAAACCAUUAUUUACUGGACGAGAAUGGCUGUUUAAAGAUAUUGAAAUGGCUCUAAAUUGUGAGUGGUCAAGCCAGACUCGGGGAGUGGUCCUUCAAGGAGAAGUUGGAAGUGGAAAAACAGCUGUAAUAGAGCAGUUGAUUGACUAUAGCUGUUUUGGAACUAAGACUUAUGGCUCAACUUUACCAAACGGAGAUACACAUCCUGAGCCAAAUGGAAAGGACCGCUCUAGGCAGAAUGGUUACCAGAGCAGUCCUUGUGGAACACUGAGUAGUCUUUCAUCAUCAUCUGUUGCUAGUCACAAUUCCUACCUUAGCGCCUCCAGCGCCAGUCUGAACUACGAUUCUCUCAAGAGUCUGGGGUGCCAAGUGGUGGCUUACCAUAUCUGCCAGGCCGAUAACAAUGUCACGUGCAUGCUGCCUGACUUUGUGCACAGCAUCGCUGCCAGCCUUGCUCGAGCCCCGCAACUGGAAGCCUACCGUGAACUGCUGCUUGCUGACCCAAACCUUUUCAACAUUCUUGCCAUGAAGGAAUGCAUUCAGAACCCUUACCAAUCUUUUGUGAAAGGAAUCCUGGAACCACUGAAGCAGCUUAAGGCCAAUGGAAAGAUAACAUCUGAUAGUUGUAUAAUAUUGAUUGACUCUUUGAAUGAAGCUGAGUUCCAUCGUCCUGAUUAUGGUGACACCAUUGGCUCAUUCCUUUUACACUAUAUCCACCGAUUCCCCACUUGGCUGAAGGUGAUCACCACAGUGCAAACAAACUAUGCUGAUAUCACUCGGAUGCUGCCCUUCUGCACAAUUAGCAUUGACACAUGUGAUGCUACCCAAAGAGAUUUGCAUGAGUACAUCACAUACCGAAUCAACUCCAACAUAGAACUGCAAAACAACAUUGCUCCAGAUGAAACUGGAACUCAGAAUAAGUUCUGCAACCACUUGCAGUUGCUCAGCAAAGGCAGCUUUUUGGAAUGGCUAAUAAAGAGAGAUGAGAAUGAACACAGAAAAUUCCUUUGUGAAUUGCGGUAUGGUCAUAGUCUGAUGGCCUUCCGCUUGUCACGAGUAUGUUCCAGUGUGGAUCCUGAAAAAACCCUGGAACUUGGCCACCACAUCCUGAAAGCCAAUAUCUACAAAAACUUGUGUCGACAGUCCCAGUUUUCAUCGCGAGUAUUUCUUGCCUAUUGGAUGUGCCUUUGCUCGGACAAUCUCAAUGCUGCUUUGGUUUCCCAACGUAAUCUCUUCUCUCCAAAUGUUAAGGUGAGCCGUCUCAUCAUGUUGGCUGGAGCAAACCCCAAUACAAGGAGCAAUUUCCUGAACCAAGCUCCAGUGUUGUGUGUGAGUGCACGAGAAGGUUUCAUCGAAAUGGUCUCAUCACUGCUCGAGUUUAAUGCCUCUGUUGAUGCCACCUGUGAAGAUGGUAUGACAGCACUCUGCCAUGCAGCUGCCAAUGGACACCUUGAUAUUAUUAAAUUAUUGUGUUCCAAAAAAGCCAAUUUAAGUCACACAGACAAGUGUGGUCAGUGCCCAGCAGUCCAUGCAGCCAUGCACGGCCAUUUAGAUUCAUUGGCUUUCCUGUUGCAAUGUGAUUGGUCAAGUGCUUCUAGUCAACAACAGAAGAUUGAAGCAAUGCAGCAGGCAUUUGUAGCUGCAGCAGCAAUGGGACACAAACAUAUCUGUGAUUAUCUGGUGGUUCAUGCAGCUGGACGAAGUAAUGAAGCUUUCAGUAUUGACGCCGUUGAUACUUUGAUUGGUGAGACUGCAUUAACUGCUUCCUGCCUCCAUGGUCGGAAAGAAGUUGUCCAGUAUCUAAUUAAGCAAGGGGCAAAUGUCCAUUUGGCUAACACCAAGUCCUACAGCCCCCUGCUGUGUGCAGUAAAAGGCAACAAAUGGGAUGUGGCCGAAAUAUUAUUUCAAGCCGGAGCUUCCAUAGAACAGCCAGACAAAAACGGACACACUCCACUCAUGAUUGCUGCCUCUGAAGGCCAUGUUGCUAUUCUCGAAAUGCUUCUUUCUGCUGAGGCAAGCCAAACUGAAGUGGAUACUGAAGGAAUGACAGCAUUGUGUUUGGCCUGCCUGCAUGGCCAUCUGCAAAUAGUACAAAUACUUCUUAGUCAUGGUUCUGAUUUACACCAUGUUGACAAGAGUGGGCAGACUCCCUUGCACCUAGCUGCAUUCUAUGGAGAGCCCCAAAUUGUGCAGUACUUGAUUGACCAAGGAGCAAACAUUGAACAAGUAGAUAGCAAUAGCAUGCGGCCCCUGGAUAGAGCCAUUGCUUGCAAGAAUGUUGAUGUGAUAAUGUGUUUUUUGAAGAAAGGAGCCAAAUUAAGUCCUGCUACCUGGAAUAUGGCAUCGGGUAAGCCAACAGUUUUGCUUGUGCUACUGAAGAAACUUAUGGAAGAUGGAAACAUUCUUUACAAAAGGAAUCGCAUCAAAGAAGCAGCUCAGCGCUUUAAUUAUGCUCUCAAGAAAUUCCCCAAAGAUGGUUUUGGUGAUGAUGCCCGUACUUUCCGUGAUUUGCGAGUUAAUCUUUUACUCAGUCUCUCAAAAUGUAAAAGGAAACUGCAAGAUUAUACUACUGCAAUAGAUCUGGCUACCAAAGUUCUUGAAAUUCGUCCGAAAUCAUUUGAAGGAUUUUAUGCUCGUGCACGGGCACGCCGAGACAACAAACAAUUUGAGAGUGCUCUUGAGGAUUUAAAACAGGCCGUGUUCCUUGUACCAAACAACGCUGAUCUCCAGCGUCUGUUGUUACGUUUACGGAGUGAGUGUUUAGAACUUGCCAGCAUGCACAAUGCCAACCCUGAUGAAAACCUUGAAGCUGCUGCCUUUGGAGAAACCUCCAGAGUUCCUGCAAAUUCUGAUAAUAUGACAUCCUCUCCUUCCAACACCUCUGCUGCUGUUUCCUCAUCACCUGUAGCUGUUGACUUUUCCAAUGCUGAAAUACUUGAAGUGGAUGAAGAAGAAGAGAAUUCAACUUCCUCCCUCUUUGCUUUCAGGGAAGAGACGGCUCUUUGA